CGCCCCGGGGCCGAGCGCCGAGAUACGAGAAGUUCGCGGUUAAGGAGUCGGUUCACCUUAAGAAGGGGCCUCUGCAGCCGCUUGGAAGUUUCAAAUUUGGGGGAGAAAGCAAAGCUAAUAAAGGGCCUGACGUGCCUGGGACUCCAAAUCCCCAGGGAGCUGUGGCCGGCGGAGCCCCGAGUGCCACUAUUGUGUGCGCUGGAUGGUGGUGGGUGGCAGCCGGCGCUGCAAUGGAACCGGGCAGCUCCGGCCGCUGGAGCAGCAGCAGUGCUGAGCAGAACCAGCCCGGAGCUGCCCCGUGCCAGCUAGAAGCUGCGUGGGAACGGGAUGCCAGAGAGCUGCUGCCUGUCAUGUCACGCUGUCACCCUCCCACAGCUAACGUGUCAGUGUGGCACACCUGAGCAGUGAACCUUGGCAGCCAUCUGCUCACAGCCUUCCCCAGGUGCACGGUGCUUUGCCGCAUCCCCUUCUGCGUAUCCCAUACCCUCAAACCUCCUGGUGGCAGCCCCUGAAGGAGCCCCACGGUACCCAGUAUUGGAGCAGGACAGGAGCCGUGUGUCACAUCUUCCACGUGAGCGCCGGAUGAGAGCGUUUCCCAUUGAAGAAACAGUUGACACAGCAUGGGGCAGCUCCAGGGGUCAGGAACUGGGGGAGACCUGUUGCAAAGUGCUCUGUGCAUCAGGACUAACAGCAGCCUGAGAGAUGUGACACUUGGGUUCUGUUUCUCUGCUCAACCCACAUUCUCCUUCACUGAGAACUAUUCCAUUACAUUUCAAUUUAAUGGAACGCAUCCUUUUUUUCCUUUGAAUUGCAGGGGCAUCAGAUAGAGAUCUUAUGUAUAUGUUAGAACAACAUUAAAUAGUUUUGAUAACAUAGAAUAGCAAGUGGAACCUGGUACUGUGAAGGAACUUGUCGGAUGCUGGUGGGGUGUGAUGCUUUCAGGGCAGUUCUGCCUGUUCCUCUGCAGUGGACACAACACAGCUGGUAGAUUUGGCAUUUCUCCAGUGCUGACCUAGCUGGGCUGCCCAGGAGAGCGUUGCCAUGCUGAAAUGAAGGAGAAUGAAGGCCAUGCUGUCCAACGUCUGCCCUGGCAUCUUUCUGUCCUGAAAUAUGAAAAUAUGAAAUAUGAAAAUUUCUUGAGGAGUGUGGUUAUACUCACACACCUCUUUCACUUGCUUUAAGGGAAAAGAGUUCUUGGCAACAGUAUGUUAAUUUUAAAUAACACUGAAGCCAAAUGACAGGGCUCUGCUAUGAAUCUUACUGAGCCAUACUGUACAGCUGCACCUAGUUCAGGCUUCCUCAGAUUAUGAAAGAAAAUGUGCAAUUGACAGUAACAUUUUAAUCUCUCAUCCCAGCAGAAUGUAAAAUGGCACUCAAGCUGUGGUGGAAAACAUAUACAGGAGCAGCAUGCAGCUGAGGAGCCCCUGAAUAUUGCUGAGCAUUGCCACACAGGACUGCAGCCUCCUGUGCUGUCAGAUGUAAGGCUGAGCUGGGCACUGCGCAGCUCACCUUGUGUUCUGCUGACCUCAGCUGUUCUUUCCAAACGGGUCCUCCUGGGAGUGUGGCAGCAGUGGAGUUUUGUACCACCAGCAGGGCUGGGAGCAGGUGGAGCCCCAGGGUUCACCUUGCCCUUAACCCAUGUGAAGACCCGCUGGAAACACGAUCUAGAAAAGUUUUCAGUCUUCUAUUACUCUGUUGUGUCAAAGAAGAGCCCGUCCAAAUGAGCAAGACAUCCCCGCAGAACACCGCUACAGAUGCGAACGGAGUAAGCGUGAUUCACACCCAGGCACACAGCAGUGGUUUGCAGCAGGUUCCCCAGCUGGUUCCCGUUAGUCCUGGUGGCGGAGGCAAAGCUGUGCCUCCGAGCAAGCAGGGAAAGAAAAAUUCCUUUGUGGAUAGAAACAGCGAUGAGUAUCGUCAGCGCAGAGAGCGAAACAACAUGGCAGUGAAAAAGAGCCGGUUAAAAAGCAAACAGAAAGCACAAGACACGCUGCAAAGGGUCACCCAGCUCAAAGAAGAAAAUGAACGUUUAGAGGCGAAAAUUAAGCUCCUGACCAAGGAGCUGAGCGUACUGAAAGACUUAUUCCUUGAGCACGCACACAGUCUCGCAGACAAUGUGCAACCUGUUGGCACUGAGAGCAGCACAACAAAUCCAGAAAGCAGUGGGCAGUAGUCACUGCCACAGCCUGACGGGAUGAACUCUGGAGGUGCAGCCUGUCUGCACCACCCAUGCAGUAACUGAGCAAAUGAGGGGUUCUUUUAACCAUCAUUGUGUGCGGAUCUUUUUAGGUUUAACACUGAAGAUUUGAUACAAUUAAACCAGAAACUGAUUAGGGCAUUUCUUUAAAGGCGUUAAAUAUUUUUCUCUUCUAGAAGAUUUGUCUAGUAAGUGCAGAUCUAAAUCCUUAGUCAGCAAGGAGCUUACCAUUAUGGAAAUAGCAUUUCACAGAUGUACACUUACCUUCUUACACUUAGCAUAAUGGGAGAAAUUCAUCAGGAUGGUUCACUGUAGUAUCAAAAAGUCAUAAUUGGGUGAAUUCCUUUAAAUAUCUUUUAGUGCAUUUAAGCCCUUUCUUUUCUCCAUUACAUACUACAAACUGCAAAGGCCGUAGAGAGUUUGUUGUCCCGUUUGGUGAACUGCUUUUCUACCUACAGAGCAAUUCCUGCAAAGACCACUUAGGUUUUUCCUAUCUGGUUACAGUUAACAGGCAGGGCACAGUAAUAGCAAGCUGGGGUACUUCAAGAUGUUUUCUAAAAAAACCAGCAACAUUCUAUAAUGAUCUUGGCAAUUGGCAAUUGGCUUCCACAGGGCAAGUGGUGGUCUGAACCAAGUAUCAGUAAAGCAGCACAAGGCCUUUUAUGCCUGUGUUCAUGUUUACCUUGCUUGCACAGUGACUGAGGGGCAUUAGGAAAACAAGAUUUUGGUUUCCAGAAAAUGUAAAAACAUUACCAACAAUCCAUGCUCUGCAAAACUGCAUUCCUGCUGGGAUGCGGGUAUCAGGGAGAACAAAAUACACAGCUUGGCUGAGCAACAAAAGGGGUAGGGCAGCAUCUGAACAGCAAGAAUGUGUGGAUCUCAGUUCACUUAUGUUCAUUCUCACAGCCAUUCAGAUUUGCAGCCAAGCCUGUACAGAAAUGCACAGUGAUUUUAAAACUAAUGGCCCUCAUUUGAACACCUGAUUCAGCAGAAUUUCUAUAGCCAUCACAGUUGUGUGAAGGAGUAUCUUCAGUCUUAUUUCCAUAGAAGUUUUUCUAUAGCAGUUUUUUAAAUGCUAGUGAUAAGUUUUUGCCAUGAUCCAUAAUGCAGUGGUAUGUACUAUAUAUUGAGGAUUUUAACAGCAAAAGUAAAGCAGGAACUUUGGCGUAACCUUAAUUUAUUUUCAUUUUUAAGUUUUUCAUUGAUGGUAUGGUUGUGUUACAUUUAACCUGUGUGUCUGGCUAGUGGAUUAUUACACUGUCUUAAUUUCCCUCCUACACUACCUUUUUCCCAUAUUUUGUAGGAUGCUUGUUUGCCUUGUACCUGUACUUAGGAAAAAAAAACCUUGGAUAUUAUCUCUAUGAAGAUGCUGUUAGAAAAUAAAGCCUUUUAAAGUUCUUUCUGAAUUUCAAUUUUUAAUACGAAGGCAAUUAGGUGCAGUUUUUUAUGGAUUGUUUUGGACUAUGGUAGUCUUUUUACAAAGAUAUGUUUUUUUGGUUCUAGCUGCAGCUUAAUUAGAUAAGAUUGAAAUAUCAGAAACUAAUAAAAACAUUUUGCCUCCAA